AUGACAUUCUUUGAGAAGCUUCAGGACAAGCUUUCUCAAUUGCGCGAGGCUCGUGAAGCGCUUGAUUCACUACGCGCAGAUGCGGCAGAACGACGUCGUCAGGAAGAAGCAGAAGCUGCACGUCUUCGGCAGCUGCAGUUGAUACAGAGACUGGAGGUGAUGCGACAACAGAAACGAGAGUUUCUUGAAUAUAAACGACUUAUGGUCUACGAACAGACUAUGCAAUAUCAGCAGCAGUAUCAGGCUCAACCGAGUGCUGGAUAUCAACCGAAUGAGUAUUCAGCUGGUUGCCAAGACCCACAGAUCGGCCAGCUUCCCUUGACUCACCACGCGGCUCCUCUAUCUGACUACCCAAAUCUUCCUGGCCUUGCCACAGCGGGACCUGUAAUGGCUUAUCAGAUCCCUUUUCAAGAAGCUAAUGCUCAUUCUGUGGUAAAAGCGGCAGCUGCGACUACGAACUAUGCCGAAUGUCAUCCUAUCGGAUAUCCAUCCCCAGCAUAUCAGACAAUUCCUGGUGUACAGGAUUCAUAUAAUCUUAGGCGCAAGUCCCUGCCAUUAUUAUCAUUGCAAUUGUUAUUUUUAUGA